AUGCAUCUAUCUAUCUAUCUAUCUAUCUAUCUAUCUAUCUAUCUAUAUAUAUAUAUAUAUAUUUAUCUAUCUAUCUAUCAUGUCACUGUAACCAGCAGUAGGUUCCAUUUAUCUAUCUAUCUAUCUAUCUAUCUAUCUAUCUAUCUAUAUCAUCGCCAUAUUACGUUGAAGCCAGUAGGAGUUUCUAUCUAUCUAUCUAUCUAUCUAUCUAUCUAUCUAUCUAUCUAUCUAUCUAUCUAUCUAUGUUUUUCGUUCUUUUUUAAAACAUUCUUAUUUUUCUCUUUCUUACUCUCCUUCAAUGAGCCAAUAUUGUUCAUAUUACUAUUUUUCUCCAUUCCUUUUUCUUUCUUCAUUCCUUUUUCUUUCUUUCUUUCUUUCUUUCUUCUUUCCUCUUUUUAUUUGUUUCAUUCACCAUCAUCCAUCUUUCUUUUUCUUUUCACUUUUUCGUUUUUAUUAUUUAUUUUCCUUUCCCUUUUCUUUGAUUCUUUUACAAUCAUAUUCUUUUUAUUUUUUAUUUACAAUGUAUUUCUCUUUCUUUUAUUCGGUUUUAAACGCCUUUGUUUUCUUUCUUUCUUUCUUUCUUUCUUUCUUUCUUUCUUUCUUUCUUUCUUUCUUUCUUUCUUUAUUUCUUUGACUAUCGUAAAUUCACCCGCUCUUCUUGCUGCUGUUUAUUACUUUCUUUUCAUUUUUUCCUGUACCUUCUUGUCUUUAUAUUUUUUUUCCUUUUAUUCUUUGAUUCCGUUUACCAUCAUCUUCUCAUUCUCCUUCUUUUAUUGUGCCAUCAUGUUUUUCUUUAUUAUCUAUAUUAUUUUAUCUUAUUUUCUUUUGUGUUUCGCUUUUUCCUCUUCUAUUUUUCAUUCCUCGUACCUUUUUCUCUUUCUCCCUCUUCGAUUUAUUUCCCCACUUUAUAAUUCUUCCUACCGUUUUCCUUUGAUCGCUUUUUUAAAAAAAGUUUAUCUAUUCAUUUCAUUUUUUCAAAGAAUGAAGAAGGGAACGAAUAUAAUGAGAACCGUGGCAAAUGUUAAAAUACAGCAGCCAGCGGGAGAUCAUAUCUAUCUAUCUAUCUAUCUAUCUAUCUAUCUAUCUAUCUAUCUAUCUAUCUAUCUAUGUCAUAUAUUGUCGCCAUAUUUAUUUAGCCAGUCUUCAUGA